AUGACUGUGCAACUUUCUGCAUAUCCCAUUGGUCACUGGGCCUAUAAAGUUGCUACGCCUCUCAGUCUCGGGGUCCAAGUCCCUGCUCCGCUAUGCACAACGUUUGGGGCCUCGUCCGGGAUCCACGAAGGCCAAGUCCUUGAGGUACAGCAUGUCCACGAUGUUGGAGCGCUCCUCCUCGUACACCGGGAUGCGCGUGUGGCCGCUCUGCAUGAUGCUGGCCAGGACGCCGAAGUCCAGCACGGCGCCGGCGUCCAGCAUGAAGCAGUCCUCGAGCGGCGUGAGCACAUCCUCCACGGCCCGCGGCACGCCCUCGCUGAAGUCGCUCUCCAGCAGCUGGCCCACGGGCAGCGCCACCGGCAGGGUCAGCAGCACGGCCAGGCGGCUGAGCAGCAGCGCGCGCGGUGCCAGUGCCGGUGCCCAGCGCCCGCUCACAGCGACCGGCACCACCUCGCCCACGAGGAACACGAGCUCCGCGCUGCCCAGCACGGCGGGCACGGCGCACUGGCCGGCCACGCAGUACAGCAGCACCGCCAGCGCCGCCUGCGCCGGGCUGGCCAGCAGCAACAGCACGCCCAGGGCACAGCCAGCCCGGCGCCACUCGGGCUCCAGGCGCCGCCGCACACUUGGCCUCUGUGCCGCUCUCGCGCAGCACCUGCACCUUGGGGGGCGCCAGCGCGCUCAGCUGCAGGUCCCGCACCAGCGCCGCCAGCGGCAGCAGCCCCGCCACCCCCAGGCCCAGCGCCCACCUCCUCCGCAGCUGGCACCGUGCUGGACUUCGGUGUCCUGGCCAGCAUCAUGCAGAGCGGCCACACGUGCAUCCCGGUGUACGAGGAAGAGCGCUCCAACAUCGUGGACAUGCUGUACCUCAAGGACUUGGCCUUCGUGGACCCCGGAGACUGCACACCGCUCAGCACCAUCACCCGCUUUUACAACCAUCCGCUUCACUUCGUCUUCAAUGACACCAAGCUGGACACAGUCCUGGAGGAGUUCAAACGAGGGAAGUCUUACCUGGCCAUCGUGCAGAAGGUGAACAAGGGUGAAGGUGACCCCUUCUACGAGGUGCUGGGCCUCGUCACCCUGGGAGUCAUUGAGGAGAUCAUCAAGUCUGAGAUCCUGGAUGAGUCUGAGGACUACCCAGAUGCCACGGUCAGGAAGAAGCCUGCUCCUCUGAGUGCCCCUUUCCGUCGAAAAGAGGAAUUCUUGGAAUUCUUGUUCAAGGUGUCUGACAAUGAAUAUAAAGUGAAAAUCUCGCCUCAGCUGCUCUUGGCCACCCAGCGCUUCCUGUCUUGAGAGGUGGAUAUAUUCAGCCCCCUGCGAAUCUCCGAGAAGGUCCUGCUGCACCUGCUGAAGCAUCCCAGCAUCAACCAGGAAGUGAGGUUUGACGAGGGCAACCAUCUGGCUGCACACCAUUACCUGUACCAGGGCAGCCAGUGGGUGCAUUAAUGCAUUCUCAUCCUGCAGGGCAGGGUUAAGGUGGAGAUCAGGAAAGAGGGCCUGAAGUUUGAGAAUGGAGCCUUCACCUACUACAGAGUGUCUGCCCUGACAGCGCUGUCCUCGGUUCACCAGUCCCCAGUGUCCUCGCUCUAGUCCAUCCACCACGACCUGCAGCCAGAGCCAGCCGAUGGUGCUCGCUUGUCUGCAUACUGUCCUGACUACACCGUGAGGGCCCUCUGCGACCUGCAGCUCAUCAAGGUCACAUGGCUGCAGUACCUCAAUGCACUCCUGGCCUCUCGAGCCCAGACCCAGUUGGAGCAAGAAGGCGUGGGGGGAUGGUUGGUGGUGGGCUUUCUACUUUGCCUUUUUCUCCUUAUGCCCCCUUAGUGAGGGGUGGGAGCUCUGGCGGCAACUCCAGGAUGGGGAGACAAGCCCCGGAGUCGGAAGAGCUGGGUUUGCUUCCAGGCCUAGCCACCAGCUGGCCGAGUGACCUUAGGCAAAUCACUCUAUAAUUUGCGCCUCAGUUUCCUCCUCUGCCUAUCAAUGUUUGUGAAGUAUAAAACAUUGGUAUGUACGUAAGGAAUGAUUAUUGUUUGUAAAUGGUUUUUUUUUUGAGUUGUACGAAAAGUUAGCAAUUGCCCAGUUCUUAGAUUUUGAACCUGGGAACCUUGGAUUGAAGUUGGAGAUCCCCCUAAACUCCUUGAAAUUAUAUGCAGAAAUAGUGGGAGUGUGUAUUUUUGGGGAAUGAGGAUCCAUCACCAGCAAGUUUUCAAAGGGGGCUGUGACUCAGAAGAGUUAAGAACUAUGAUUCUUUUACUAAGAUGGCCAAAAUGCUUCUUUGAUAAUUGUCAGCUGCUUUUAUCAAAUUCCAGACCAUUGUCCAGGCAAACACUAUAGAAAUGUUUGAACAGUUGGAUUUCAAACAUUUUCAUUUUGUGGGGUGGUGCUUUACCAAUGGUACAGCUCUAAGCAAGUGAACAUAAACACAUGUAAGUGUAUUUUGUCUGGUUAGGAGUUUUGGUAUUCCAUACAAAUGUCUGAGAAGUAACAGUGUCCGAUGAAAGCAAAUUGUUUGGAAACCAUGCCUUUCUCCUUGGCUUUGCUAUUCCAUAAUCCCUUGUUUUCCAUACUUGGAAUCCUACUUCCAUCUAUAUUGUUGGACUAUCUGACGUGAAGCUAUGAGAGCUAUGGCCUAGCCCCCAUUCUGCAGGCCGAUUGCCCCCUGCAGACUGAUCUGUGGAGUGCAAGGCUCCUGGGGCAGUCCCGUGGGUCCUGCCUCACGUGAUGUGCCCACCGGGCAUAUGUGAGCACGUGCACACUUGACAGUCCCUUUGCCCCGUCCCCAUGUCCCCUGUGGCAGCGGAACCCACAGGCUUCAGGAAGAGCAGUUGCGCGUGCUGGCUUUGCUGAUGCAAAUGACCCUUCUUUCGUGUAUCUGGUAUCCCCAUUCCGUUCGUGUACAUGACAUGCCUCUUCUGAAUUUGGUGUCCUGGCCUCUUUAGCAGGCUGCUCCCUUUGUGCUGGCCUGAUCAAGGCAUUUCUGAUGCCCUUCUUCAAAAAGUGGAAAGCUGAAUCUCGUGCGGUUUGAAUGUUGAGAUUCCCAAAAGGAAGCAAUGCAGAGAGUAGUUUUCUCCAACUGCGGCUCUCAAGGCCUCCUGGGAGGGCUUCUCGGGGAACCACGUUGCCUCCAGCCGUCCCUCUGCUUCUGAUUAGCUUCCAGAGUUUGGAAGAGGGAAGUCCUUUGUGUGACCAUCUUGCAAGAAGGGAACCGAGGAUCCCAAACACCUGAUUUUCUUCAGGCCACACCGCCAGUUGGCAGCAGGGCUGGGCAGGGCUCGGCAGGGGUACGCCACGCUCCCCGAGAUCUCCUAGAAUGAUGGAAAGACUCAACGUCGCCUACUGUGGUGCCUCCAACUACAGGAUGGCCGAAGGCCCUGUGGAUUGCCCGUGGCACGUUUCUCUUCAGGGGCCGGGUAUACAACUAGGCCCCGUGCCGCCGUGCUGGCAACUGAGGUUCUGAAAGGACUUUGCUUAGGCCACAGGACAAAGAAGUGUCAGACGUCCGAGUGGGACCUAGAGAGCCGGGACCUGGAACCCAUGCUCCUGAGCGGGAUGGAGUGGAGGUUUCCCGGCACGCAGAGGUGCUGCCUGGUCCGUGUCCUCCCCGGUGGGGCGGCGUCUUGUCCGAGGUCACCCUGAGGCCACAGCAGUGCGCUGCUUUGUGGUCUCCUCUCAGAAAGGACGCGACAGCCCCGGGGGUUGCGUGCAGGUAGAGGCCUCGUGAGUGAAGGUCGUGGGCCAGCCCAGCGGUAAACUCAUCGCAGACGCAGUGCGUGAGUGGUCUUCAAACCUCGGCAGGAGGAGGGGCUCUCUGGGAAGGCAGCCUGGUGUCCCAGGUGGCUGUGUUCGGACGCCUGCUGCCAGGCAGGCCCUGCAGAGAGGACCCGUUAUCGACGCCUUCUCUGACGAUGACGAGGCGCUCACCAACCACUACCACCACCAGCUCCCCGUCUCCCGGAGGAAGCCGCGGGAGCCGUGGGGCUUUGUCCUUCCUGCACCUUCUUGGCCACUCCAGAGGCUCGCGCAUUUGCGUGGCCAAAGAGGGUGCUCUUCUUUGGUCACAGCAUCCGAGGGUGGAUUCCUUGCUCCUGACCGGACCUGUGGACAUGGCUGUGCUUCCAGGGGAAUCCCGUGGAGUCACUCGUUCUCCCGAGAUUGAUGUGAGAAUGAACUUGUCGGUACAGUCAGGGCAAUUCUCCCCGUCCCCGAGUUCACUGUGGCCGAUGAAAACAGACGUCCAGGAGAACUUGCGUGCUGUCCUUAGAUUUGGCGCUUCAGACUCUUGCUUUCCUGUGUGUGGAAUCCUAAUUCCAUUGAUAUUGUUGAAAUCUCUCUCAUGAGCCCGCUCCCGCUCCCUGCCCUCCUUGUACUCAGGCUUUUUCCUGAUCACAGCCUGAUCUGUGAUCCGUUCUAGUGCCCCUGCGGAUUCCCGUGGGUCCUGCUGACCAGCCAUCACCAGGGAUGACGUAAGAAGACGAGUGUACCUAAGUUCAGGGCAUGUCUUCUUAUCCCCAGGCUCGCUGUGGCCGAUGAAACCAAGGUAUUGGGAAAGCUCUCAUGGUCUCCUUGGCUUUGGUGCUCCAGAGUCCUUUGUUUUCUUCUGUUUGAAAAACUAAUUCCAUUAAUAUUGCUGAGCUGAAACUAUUUUGUCGCAAAAAAAGCCCAAUUUUGUCCUCAAGUGUGCAUUUCAUUUCUUCAGUUAAGGCCUUCAGAGACAUGGUAAAUUUGGACCAGGGGAUUUUUAGUUACCAACACUGAAGAAACCCUAAGGUUUAAGAACAGACUCUCCAUAACCCAUGAGCAGGUGUGGCCUAAGCUGAGGGCUCUCUAUGAGACUGGGCCACCCCCGGACCCCCAUCGAUAUCGGCCAGGUGACUGGGUAUAUGUGUGGAGAUACCAACACCAGACACUUCAACCUCGCUGGAAGGGACCCUACAUCGUGAUCCUGACCGCUCCCACUGCUCUCAAGGUCAACGGGAUUACUCCCUUGUCCACUACACCCACGUCCGGCCAGCUGACCCACACGCCGUUCUCAAGGACUUUGUUCCAGAAUGGAAAAGCCAACUGGACAAGGACAAUCCCCUAAAGCUAAGAAUGCGCCGUUCUCACUUAUUUCCCACCUCCAAGACUCCCUAGUCCGAGGUUGUCCUUCAAAAUAGAAGGGGAUUAGACUUAGUCUUCUUACAACAAAGGGUUGUGCUGCCUUAAAUGUAAAUGAGAGUGAGAACAGCAACAAAGUUGGUGAGAAUCCUGGUUUAAUCAUUCCCCCUGGCUCACUCUGAGAGCAACCUGGACCCAUGAUUGGGUCCUGCAUAGGAUCCUCUGAAAAAGGGGGGAAUGUGGGACCCAGGAAAUUUAACAAAAAUCCCC